AUGGCUCCCUCAUCGCUCUGGAGCCCGGUGCGAGUCGCUGCCGGAGCCCUGCUUGCCCUGUCUUUGUGCGUGCCGGCAGUCAGUGCAGACAUAAGUGCUGGAGAUUAUUACGUUCAUUCAUUACCGGGCGCCCCCGAGGGAGACCUGAUAAAGAUGCAUGCUGGACACGUCGAAGUCACGCCCGAACACAACGGAAACCUUUUCUUCUGGCACUUCCAGAACCAACACAUUGCGAACAGGCAAAGGACAGUUAUCUGGCUGAAUGGCGGCCCCGGUUGCAGUUCCGAGGAUGGCGCAAUGAUGGAGAUAGGCCCUUACCGGUUGAAAGACUCGGAUAACCUGGAAUACAACAACGGCAGUUGGCAUGAAUUCGCAAACCUGCUCUUUGUCGACAAUCCUGUCGGCACGGGGUUCAGUUACGUCGACACAAACAGUUACAUUCACGAGCUCGACGAGAUGGCCGCCCAAUUCGCAACCUUUCUCGAGAAAUGGUUCGCGCUUUUCCCAGAAUACGAACAUGACGAUCUGUACAUUGCUGGAGAAUCGUUUGCUGGACAGCACAUCCCCUACAUCGCCAAGGCAAUCCUCGACCGGAACAAGCUGCCCCAGACGAGUGUCAAGUGGAACCUCAAGGGCCUGAUGAUUGGCAAUGGAUGGAUUGCCCCUAAAGAGCAAUACGAAGCUUACUUGUCCUUCGCGUACGAAAAGGGCCUUGUCAAGAAGGGGUCCGAUAUCGCCGGCAAACUGGAAAACGAGUACAAGACUUGUCAGAAGUCAAUGGCAUUGGCUGGCUCCAGCCAGGUCGACAACAAUGCUUGUGAAUCUGUUCUGCAGGAGAUGCUGCGCCUGACCCAAGGCAAGGACUCCAAUGGCGAAUCGAUAUGUAUCAACAUGUAUGACGUUCGAUUGACCGAUACCUACCCAAGCUGUGGCAUGAACUGGCCUCCGGAUUUGAAAUACGUCACACCGUACCUGCGGAAGAAUGAAGUGACUGCCGCACUGCAUAUCAACUCCAAUAAGGUGACGGGUUGGACCGAGUGCAAUGGAGCCGUCGGGAAUGCGUUCAACUCCAAAAACUCACCGCCUUCUAUCGAGUUGAUGCCGGAUGUCUUAAAGGAGGUGAACGUGCUCCUGUUUUCCGGUGCCGAAGAUCUGAUCUGCAACCACCUGGGUACCGAAGCUUUCAUCAACAACAUGGAAUGGAACGGUGGCAAGGGCUUCGAGAUAUCUCCCGGCAAUUGGGCGCCGCGCCGCGACUGGACCUUUGAAGGCGAGGAAGCCGGGUUCUGGCAGGAGGCUCGCAACCUGACCUACGUGCUGUUCUAUAACUCGUCCCACAUGGUGCCAUUCGACUACCCACGCCGAACCCGAGAUAUGCUAGACCGAUUUGUCGGUGUUGAUAUCAGCAACAUUGGCGGCAUUCCCUCCGAGAGUCUGCUAGACGGAGAGAAACUCCCCGAUACGAGCGUUGGGAGUGUGACUAACUCCACCCAAACUGAGGAGGCAUCUAAGGACAAGGAGCUGAAUGAUGCCAAGUGGGCUGCGUAUCAGAAGUCCGGGGAAGUCGUCCUGGCUAUCGUCGCUGUCGCCGCCGCUGUCUGGGGCUUCUUCGUGUGGCGAGCCCGCAGGCGGACCGCCGGAUACGCGGGCCUACCUGACAUCACUCAGGGGCUCCGUGGAUCGACGGGGCUCGAGAGCUUCCGCAACAAGCGGUCGAACCGUGAUAUCGAGGCCGGUGAUUUCGACGAGGGCGAGCUGGACGACCUGCAUGUCACGUCCCCAACCGAUAUGGACAGGGACCAUUAUAGCAUCGGAGGGGACAGCGAUGACGAAGCCGCAAUCGAGAAGGGGAAGACGAGCGGAAACCCAAGCAAUGGGCAAUCAAGCAGGAAAUAG